AAAAAAUUUAUUUCUAGUCUAGGUCUUCUUUUCUUUGUUUCUGUACUCUAUUCUUGCUUGGCUAUUCCACACUUCUUUAAUUUAUCUUUAAAUCCCGUACAUUCCGCACAUUCCGCCCGCCCCAGCUCGCAGCCAGCAACAAAAAAAGAAGCAAAAACCACAUUCACAGCCAAAAACAAUGAGCAACAGGCGCAACCGCAAGAGGCAGGCCGAGACACUGUCCGACAACGAAGACGCCGCGCAGCCGGCGACGCCCGGUGGCGGAUGAACUUUCCGCCGAGCUCGCCAGGGCGCAUAGGCAUGGACGGGCCGCUGCCGCCGUCCAGUCCGCCGGCGUCGUCGCCGUUCAUGGGAUAUUCGCGGUAUGGCGACGGCGACGACGACGACGACGAGAUCGACGGCCUGGACGACGACCUGCCCGAGCGGCUCGAGGACGCCGAGCUGCGCGACGACGAGGGCGAGAUGCUGGCGCUGGAAGAGGACGACGACGGCGAGGACCUGUUCGGGCCCGGCAUGGAGAGCGACUACCGGCACAACGCGCAGCUGGACCGCUAUGACGCCGACAUGCUGGACGACACCGACUUUGGGUCGAUGGACCCGGCCGAGCGCGCGCGCAUCGAGGCGCGGCUGCGGCGGCGCGACUUUGAGGAGGGCCGUGGGCAGCCCAAGUCGCGCAUUCCACUGGCGUUCAUGCAGGACUUUGAGGACGCCGACGACGCGCGGUUUUCGCGCAGCGGGCGGCGCGCGGCCGGCGGGGUGGCGAGCAAGCACGCGCACCUGCUGGACAUGGCGCAGACGGCGGGCGACGAGGAGCGCGCGCUGACCAUGGACGACCUCAAGGACAUGAAGGGCCGGUCGGUGGCCGCGUGGGUCAGCGAGGCUGGGCCGCGCCAGACCAUUGCGCGCGAGUUCCGGCGCUUCCUGCUGUCGUACGUCGACGACGUCGGCGCGUCGGUCUACGGCGAGCGCAUCCGGCGGCUGGGCGCAGCCAACGGCGAGAGCCUGGAGCUGACGUACGCGCACCUGGCGCGCGCGCGGCCGCUGCUGGCGUACUUUUUGGCCAACGCGCCACGCGAGAUGCUGAGCAUCAUGGAUGACGUGGCCAUGGACGCCGUGCUGACGAUGUUCCCCGACUAUGCGCGCAUCCGCUCCGAGAUCCACGUGCGCGUGGCCGAGCUACCAACCACCUGCUCGCUGCGCGACCUGCGGCAGGCGCAGCUCAACAGCCUGGUACGCAUCAGCGGCGUCGUCAGCCGCCGUACCGGUGUUUUCCCGCAGCUCAAGUACGUCAAGUUCGACUGCGGCAAGUGCGGCGCCGUGCUGGGCCCGUUCUACCAGGACGCGCAGAACGAGGUGCGCAUCCAUAUGUGCGUCAACUGCCAGGCGCGCGGCCCGUUCUCGCUCAACUCCGAGCAGACCGUCUACCGCAACUACCAGCGGCUGACGCUGCAGGAGACGCCCGGGUCGGUGCCGCCGGGCCGGCUGCCGCGCCACCGCGAGGUCAUCCUGCUGUGGGACCUGAUCGACUGCGCCAAGCCCGGCGAGGAGAUCGAAGUCACCGGCGUCUACGCCCACACCAUGGACGCGGCGCUCAACAGCCGCCAGGGAUUCCCGGUCUUCAGCACUGUCAUCGAGGCCAACCACGUGUCGAAGCGCGCCGACGAGUUUGCGGCCGUGCGGCUGACCGAGGAGGACCGGCGGCUGAUCCGCGGGCUUGCGCGCGACGACGCCGUUGGCAAGCGUGUCAUCCGCGGCGUUGCCAAGGAUAUCGGCGGCAAGCUGCGCACGCGCGGCGACAUCAACGUGCUGCUGCUGGGCGACCCGGGAACGGCCAAGUCGCAGUUCCUCAAGUACGUCGAGGGCACGGCGCACCGCGCGGUGUUCACGACCGGCCAGGGCGCCAGCGCUGUCGGUCUGACCGCCAGCGUGCGCAAGGACCCGGUGACGCGCGAGUGGACGCUGGAGGGCGGGGCGCUGGUGCUGGCCGACCGCGGCGUGUGCCUGAUCGAUGAGUUUGACAAGAUGAACGAUGCCGACCGCACGUCGAUCCACGAGGCCAUGGAGCAGCAGAGCAUUUCGAUUUCCAAGGCCGGCAUCGUCACGUCGCUGCAGGCGCGCUGCUCAGUCAUUGCCGCCGCCAACCCCAUCGGCGGCCGCUACCGCCCGGCGCUGCCGUUCUCACAGAACGUCGAGCUGACCGAGCCGAUCCUGUCGCGGUUCGACGUUCUGUGCGUGGUGCGCGACGAGGUCGACCCGGUCAUGGACGAGAUGCUCGGCCGCUUUGUCGUGCAGAGCCACACACGGUCGCACCCGCUGUUCCAGCAACAGCGGCAGCAGCCGGGCGGCGCCGACGAGCCGCAGCCGCAGUCGGACGCCGACAUGGACGUGAUCCCGCAGGACCUGCUGCGCAAGUACAUUAUGUAUGCGCGCGAGAACGUGCAGCCGCGGAUGUCCGAGCGGUACUCUGACAAGGUCGCGCACCUGUACGGCGAGCUGCGGCGCGAGUCGCUGGCCACCGGCAGCGUGCCGAUCACCGUGCGCCACAUCGAGUCGAUGGUGCGGCUGGCCGAGGCGCACGCACGCAUGCACCUGCGCGACUACGUGCGCAACGACGACAUUGAGGUGGCCAUUCGCGUGGCGCUCGAGGGCUUCAUCUCGGCGCAGAAGCACUCGGUCAUGCGCAAUCUGCGUCGCAAGUUUAACAAGUACCUAUACACGCGCCGCGACCACUUUGAGCUGCUGUAUUACUUGCUUGGAAAGCUCGUGCAGGAGCGCUUGACCUUUUACGCUCUCAGGUUUGGUGGGAAUAUCCCGGAGCGGGUGGAGAUUUCAAAGCCCGAGUUUGAGUCGCAGGCUGCGUCCUUUGGCGUCAAUGACUGCGCUGCCUUUUAUACGUCACCGCUGUUUGUGCAACAGAUGUUCUCCAUUGACGCCGCGCGCGCGGCUUGA